AUGGCUGCCUCCCUGAAGGUACAACUCCUCACAGCACUGAUCUCCCUCUUCGUCCCCUUCCUCCUCUCCUGCUCAGCCACCGACAUACACGAUCUCCUCCCGAGGUACAACCUCCCGGAGGGCCUACUCCCGAGGGAGGUCGAAUCUUACACCCUCUCCGACACCGACGAUUCCUUCACGGUCGAGCUCAGUUCCAGCCCCUGCUACGUCAGAUUCGGCGAUCAACUUGUCUAUUACGACAACAUCAUCAGGGGAAAAUUGGCGCGCGGGCAAGAGCUGUUGGGACUCGUGGUUAAUGGUUAUGGACCUUAUGGUUCCAUAAGUUAA